UUCCUCAUGGUUACCAUCACAAUUAGCCAAACAUCUUCCGUUAAUCCUGCUGAACUCAUCUUUAAACACGUUUGUAUCUCCGUGAUUUUGAUAUAAAACGCUUCAGAUAUGUUAACCGACGGCUGCACAUGAGAUAUAGUUCGUGAGACUGUGGAUCGAUGAGCUCCAGAAAGUCUCUGAAGAUGGGAGAGAAUCUGGCCAGUGAAAGUGACCUGCUGUCUAUGAUCAGCGAGUAUCUGAAGUUUGGCGAGUUUGAAGAGACAGCGAGGACAUUUGAAAAGGAAGUCAAACGCAAAGGGAAACCAGCGCUCAAAAGUGCAGGAGCUUCACGACGAGACUCCAAAACCAUCGGCAUUUACGAGGAUUUUCUCAGCUCAUUUAAUGAUGGAGACUACAAGGUAUUUUCUGAGCUGUGGGCUAAAAAUAUCCCUCCCGAGAUUCGGGAUUUUGAUCCAGUCGCCCAAAAACUGGAAUUCUACCUACAAAUCCAUUUUACGAUUUACCCACUCAAGUCACCUUUAGGAAGCCACGACAAAGCUGAGUUUGACAGUCGGAUCACGCAUUUCAGACACUACCUGGAGACCAGAGGAGCCGCGCUCAGCCAAACCACUGAGUUCCUGCCAUUCUACGCUCUGCCGUUUGUGCCCAAUCCCAUGGUGCACCCGUCCUUCCAGGAGCUGUUCCAGGACUCCUGGAUGCCUGAUCUGAGGGACAGGAUGGAGAAGUUCCUCACAAUCACCCUGAAAGCUUCGAACACGCCAAGGCUUCUUGCUUUAUACAACGACGCUGGAAAAGGCAACAAAGAAGCCAUCCAGCAAAUGCAGCUCCAGUUGACUGAGGCAGAAAGAAAGUCUGUCGUCCAAAUCCGCAGAUUCGCCAAACUGCAAGCCGAUCACCACAACCUUAUCGGGGUCACGGCCGAGCUGGUGGACUCCCUAGAAGCAACCGUCCGCGGAAAGAUGAUUUCCCCAGAGUACCUGCAGGGUGUUUGUGUGCGGCUCUUCAGCGGAAACAUGAGACAGAGUGCAGCUCAGAGCCUGGACUUCACCAGACCCGGCACUGGAUAUUACUCUAUGAGCCCUUAUGAUGACGGAUAUGCUUCCUCAAUGCUGCGGGCAUCAGUUGCACCUCAGAGGCCCAAAGAUGUGCCCUUGCUGCCUUCCCUGGACUACGAGAAGCUGAAGAAAGACCUGCUGAAUGGGUCCGAUCGACUGAAGGCUCUGCUGCUUCAGGCUUUGCGCUGGAGGUUGACUCGAUCUCUUCACGGCGAGCAGAGAGACACAGUUUUACAGGCCUUCAUCAGCAACGACCUUCUGGAGAGAUACAGUAACAAACAGAAAACUGUUCUCCAUCUGAUAAAGUGCAAGAAUGAGAUUGUCAGACAGUAUGCGGCCCGACUCAUUAAUGCGUUUGCCUCUUUAUGUGAUGGGCGCCUGUACCUGUCUCAGAUUCCAGCGUUACUGCCAUUUCUGCUGGACUGUCUGAAGACUGAAGAGAAAGAGUCAGUUACUCGAGAGAACGUGCUGGCGGCGCUGCAGAAGCUCAGCCUCAGGCGAGCGCAGCAGUCUGCUAUGAUCAGAGACGGUCUGAUUGGCUGGCUGGUCAAAGAGCUGAAUGAUUCAGACUGUCUGUCGGACUACACUCUGGAAUAUGCCAUUUCCCUCCUCAUGAACCUCUGCCUGCGCACUGAAGGAAAGAAAAGGUGCGCAGAGGAGGCCAAGUACGUCUUGAAAGUCCUGACGGAGCUCCUGGGACACGAGAACCAUGAGAUUCGGUAUUAUGUGAAUGGAGCAUUAUACAGCAUCCUGUCUGUGCCAGAGAUACGAGAGGAAGCCAAACAGAUGAGUAUGGAGGAGAUCUUACGCUGUUACAACAAAGAAGAAAACCCUGAACUCAACAGGCAAAUCGAAUUCAUCAUCAAACAGCUCAACUCAGCGAACAUCCCUGAACAAGAGCCUGAAUCAGACGAUGAAGAGGAUGAAGAUGAUGAUGACGACGAGGAAGACGUCAUGGAGGCGGACCUUGAUAAAGAAGAAGUCCUGCAGCCUCAGCCAAAAGAGCUCAGCGGAGAAUCCCUGCUCACAACCGAGUACCUAGGGAUCAUGACCAACAUGAUGAAGACGAAGAGAAGAUCAUGUCCUCCAUCAUCUCGCAGCAUCGACGAGCCCCUCCAGCGACCCGUUACGCCCAGCUCCCACAAAAACACCAUAGCCGGUGGUGAGGGAGUCUACCCUGUUACCCGACAGAGAAGCGAAGACUCUCGCUUCAGUUCCCGUCCAGCGACUCGCACCGGCAGCCGUCCCAGCACUGCUGAGUCCAUCCACCAAACUCUGGCCACAGAUUCAGAUUGCUGGCGUUCCUCGGUGGAAUCUGGGCUCAUGGGGUCUCCGGAAAGGCAUGUACCUGCGCCGGGCCAGACCACCAACAGCGGGCAGUCAUACAGUGGCCACAUGGUGGGCUUUGCGAGCCGGCCAAAGAUUCCUCGCACCCCUGACAGUGACGCAGGCAGCACUGGCAGGUCUCGUUUGCCCCCGUUGGCCCCCCAGUUCUCCAACAGUGAGCCCCAGCAGAGCGGCAGCCGGCCCGGAUCAGCAGGGGGCUCCAGUGGGCGACCCAGUCAACAGAGCAGCCAGUCGAACAGAAAAUGAAAAGCAGGGGAAUCUUUCAGCAGGAAAAGCCUGUCGCCAGAGGAGCAUCCAGCUUCCUGUAACAGCAUCCAGGUUUCUUAUCAGGCCUCGGGCCCCCCUGGAAACAAAGCUGAGGAUUGUGAGCCGCCGAGAGCCUCUGAAACACAACACACUUCAGCAAUAAUCACAGCAAAGCACUUGCAUUCUCCACAACCUCGACCACCCCUGAUUAUACACUAGAAGACUGACGCUGUUUCCUAGUAAGUCCAUUUGCAUGCUGUGUGUCAUGAUAGUUCAUAUUCAUCUGUAGAUUGUUUUGCAUGUUUUAAAUAGAUGGAGGAAACGAACAGCGGCGACUGUCUGAUCUACAUGAUUUCUGUUUAGACCUUCAGAUUUAGGUGUGUGUUUUGAUGUGUUAUGGAUUGUGAAUAUUUUUGUACAUUGAAUAUAAUACAUUUUUAUAUUU